AUGGGCGUCUAUAAUCUUCUUACGCUCUCAGCGGAGUCUUCAGUGCUUGGCUGGUACUUUUUAGUGCCGCUAGCGUCCCCUGGUGGCAAUAAUCUUCUACUGCGAGAUCUGCGGUCACCGCUACAGUUUCGUCAGUCAUUAGCGCUCCAGCCGCUACUGUCGCUGUUGCGCUUACUCUUCUUCGUCUACAUCCGACGCCGCAACAAGCGCGUACCGUCCACGCGAUGCUUUGUAUUUGUUGUUUCUCUCAUCGAAGUUGCCACAUGCUGUCUUGGAUCUUUGCAGCCGCUGCUGUAUAUGGAUGGUCACCGCAUCAACACCUUCUCUAAACAUCGUCAAGUGCCAUGGGGUGAUUUCUAUGUAGCCGUACUAGGUGCAAUGGCGAUUUUCAGUACAUUACUGCAACUUAGCUAUAUAUUGCAGCUGAAUAAAAGUCGAGGUCGGCUGGCCGAUGACAAACUGCUGUGGGAGGUAAGGAGCGAGACUCCGCGCGCUCAGUGGAGAUCUAAAUGGGCCACUCUAAGUAAACAGUUUGCAGGUCGGCGUAAGACCAAGGAUUCGACAUUUGAGGCCAUAGUGAGUCUCUACGCUCACCAUGAAGGCGCUUUGGAUCGACUUGCCGUGUCUUCAAGCCAAGACGAAGCCGAGUUUGAGUUCUACCUGCCACAACUGUGCAGUUUUUUAUUGUUAAGUGCUUUUGCACGCUCCGAACAAUUAUACGCGAUACUUUUACGUAAAUGCUCGGAGUCACAUGUGUUUGCUCACAAGAUGUUUUGGUACAUACAGUCCUACUGCGUGCAUAAUCCGGUCUUUUCCACCGAAGCUGAUAACCAGCGUGUACAAGGGUUGAUUAUAGAUGUUUUGGAGCGUGGCAUGGUGCCAGCAAUGGUCGCUGCUAAUCCAUCAAGCCCGGAGCGUCAACCUCAGCAGCAGGUUUAUGCGAACCGUGGAUCAGAGGUAUCAGCUAGUGCACAAGAGGCUGAAGCUUUAUUACUAAGCUCUCAGGAAGAUCACUACGAUACUUUUCAUGACUUUAAAUGGGGCUUAACGAGGUCGACAAGAAAUCAUAAACCAUCAGCUGUCUCUGGUGUGGAGCCUUUUGAACUUGAGACUGCAUUUUUGGGCUUACUAGCAAACAUAUCGUCAAAUUUACGCGCUGUACCGUAUGGCAGGCGCAAUGAUAUGCUUCGCAUCUGGCUACAGGACUUGAAAGAUCAGUACCUCCCGAACAACUCUCUUUAUCUCCCUGUUGGCAACUCAUAUCACCGACUUAAGCAUAUUCACGUUGAUGAGAGCUUCACAUUCUCAACACGAGAGCGAGUUCCAUUUUUGCUAUGUGCCGAAAUCGUAGACUAUCCAUCUCCGCAAGAAGAACAGCGCAAACGGCGUAGCAACAGCGUUUUUAAAGGUAGACGUUUCACACUGGGUUUGUGGGACUCUGCAGGUACGCAAGACCACGUGGCAACUACCACAUCUGCUGAGCGCACACCCUUGGUGUCUCCUGAUGCUGCCAAAUUGGGAUUCUGGAGUGAAUCGCGCACGCCUAGUAGCCCGACAAGACUUCGCUCGUUCUCACACCACAUAUCAAAUAAAAUGGUGCAACCGACAGAGCUGCUGCACGGACUAAUCGACUCGCUGGUUGGUAAGAACUCUGGUGAGAAGAAUCUGGACUCAAAAACUGAAGCCUUGCUAAGCCAGGGUGACGAUGAGGAGGAAAUACAUCAACGCUUUUUACCAGAGAGAAGCCAGAGCCAGCCUUUCUCCAGAAGCUCUGGUACAUACUUUAAACGGGGUUUGACAGCUGACACAAAUUUGGCGGAGCGUCGACCUAUGAUUUCAGGCCAGCCUUUACCUGCUCAAAUCACUUCUGCCACUACGGAUUUCGAUGAAGUUGAAUCCAGCGGGCCCUGGUCGCCAAAGUCUGAUACAGUAUUGUCGCCUCAGUCAGAAGCCUCAGCGAGCUCUCCGCAUCAUCUGGCUCGCUUUGACAGUACCGAUAGAUUUUUGCAGAAUUUAUCUGAGCGUGAUUUAAAACUCGAGAUUGAUGAAGAAGUUGAAAAUAGAAAUUUAUCCCCUAAAAAACGCCAUCAAGUGGUAGAGCUGCCAUGCGUCAUUUUUAAGGAGCGAUGGGCGGAUAAAGAGCGUCGAAUUCAAGCGACUUCUUCCUACGGAAAGCUUUCAGGAUGGAGAUUGCUGCCGGUGAUCGUUAAAAGCGACGAUGAUCUCCGUCAAGAGCAACUAGCCUUGCAGCUCAUUCAUCAAUUUGCAAAGGUGUUCAAUGAGUUUAAGGUGCCUGUCUUCAUCCGACCAUACGAUGUGAUUGCCAUUUCAGCCAAUUUUGGUCUUGUUGAGGCGAUAUCGGAUACUAUCUCUCUGGAUUCGCUGAAGCGCAACGAUCGUGAGUUUACGACGUUACUCGACUUUUUCACCAGGCAUUUUGGUGAUCCAAGUACUGCCGAAUUUCGAAAAGCCAGAGCCAAUUUUGUAAGCAGCAUGGCUGGUUACGCGAUCGUGUGCUUUCUCCUCCAGAUCAAGGAUCGCCACAACGGCAACAUUUUGCUGGAUGCUGAGGGUCACAUUAUCCACAUUGACUUUGGCUAUAUCUUGGCUAAUAAUCCAGGUAAUAUGGCUUUUGAGCAGGCUCCAUUUAAACUUACAGCCGAUUUUGUUGAGCUCAUGGGCGGCCCCCGAUCUGCUCAUUUUCAGCGAUUUCGGUCACUCUGUGUGCGGUCGUUCCUUGUAGCUCGUAAGUAUCGCUACCGCUUCACUUUGCUGGUGGAAAUGAUGUUGCAAGGUAACGAGCAUUUGCCAUGUUUUGCGGGAGAUCCUAAAGGCACCGUCAAUCGUUUUGCCGCGCGCUUUCAACCAGACUUGGACAUAAACUCUUGCGAAGAUUUUGUGCAAGCCCUUAUCGAUGCAUCGCUGGACAAUUGGCGUACACGGUGGUACGACAAGUACCAGCGCUGGAUAGUUGGCGUUUUUUAA